CCUACACACCACCGUAAACACACUGAAAAUCCUGUAUCUCCUUCAAUUACAAAUACUCACAAAACCAGAAAAUUCACAGAAAACAAAUCCAAAAGAGAAAAGAAAUUUCCAAGGAAUUCAAAUCCCAAGCUCAAAAAUCUCCAAUCUUUGUUUCACCAAAACCCCAGCAAAAAAUGGUUUACUCCUACACACCAACAUACUACUCCACACUUCAUGACUCAAUCACCUCUAUAUGCAAGACCAUCUUGCCAUUCGGCCUCAAGAAGAGGAUGCAGCGCUUGCCGUCUUCCGAGCACAAGCUCUCGAAGCUGCAGUCGGAUAAUCUGAAAUGGCAGCAGGAUUCUUUCCACCAGAUGCUGAACCUGAUGGGUCUACACAAAGAAGGGAUUUUGGCUGAGUCUGAGGUUUCGGCUUUCCGGACGCAUUUGCUUGAGACCCUUAUCGCUUCUCCGGUGGAGCAUGAGCAGCCGAGUAUGUUAAAAGAUAAGUUGCUAUUCUUGCAGGAGCUCCUUUACGCGAAGUGUAUUUCCUCAGAGGACUAUCAUGCUUCAAAGAGGCCAUUGUUGCAGAGACUGGCGGUUCAAGGAGCAGAGAUUGAGGCUAAAGAUGUAAUUGUUGCUGGGCCAAGAGACCCAAAAGAGAACGCAGAAGAAGAAUGGUCUGUGAUUGACUUGAAGGAUGAGAAAUGCUUGCUAAAUAAAGAGAACUCGAAUUCGAAGAAAAAAUCGAAGCACGGCUCAGCAGUGAAGCAGAUCAAAGGAGCAGCCUCUGUUUUCGGCUUUCACAGACCCGGAAAGAACAAAGAAGAGAAGAGCAUAUUUGAUACCGAGUCAAAAUUCUCUUCCACUGCCUCUGCUAAGAAUGAAAUGGGGUAUUCCGGAGAAAACCCGUUUUGGGAUAGCCAUUUGAAGCAUAAAGAAAGCGAAAAAAGUUCAAUUCUAAUGCCAGAAAGCUUGCCACUGGAGUCCACGAAGAGGAAACCUUUUAGGACUCUGUUUCAGAGAGAGCAGAGAGAAGGACAUGGGGGUGGCGGUGAUGGUGAUCAAAAUGGUCCUGGUUCUGCUGAGAGAGGUUCAAAAUCUGCAAAGAAGCAAUGGGGUUUUGAUGGGUUCAAGAAAUGGAAGAGAAGUGACUCAGAUGAUGAGACAGCUCCUCUCCAUCUCAAUGAAAGAUCAGACAGUGAGGCUUAUUUGGAAUCUGGCCGGCUUGUCGCGAGCCCUAUUGGAGAGGGGCCGGACACCAAGCUGAUCAAAAGGAAGUUGCAUUCGGCUGGUUCUCCGUCUGAUUUCUUCAUAGACAAGGUUUUAGGAGACAAGAUAAAGAAGGAGCUGUCAAGAAUCCAGACAGAGCUCUGCACCACAAACCCCAGUCUUCAAUUCUCGAAUGAUCAAAUUGAAGCAAUUUCGACAAAGCUUCCAGUCGACAAGGCUGAAUUGAAAAAGUUCUUCCCCAAGUCAUGGUGUGAUCGUUAUGGUGACGUUGUAUUGGAUGUGGUGAAGAAAGAAUUCAAAGACCAUGUUGGAGAGAUGGAGAAUAUGCGAAAUGCUACCAGAGAGAGACAUGGCAACUCCAUGGGAUGGACGACAUUUGAAGAUGAUGAGAACUGCCACCCCAAUCUCUUUGCUCACCAUGAUAAUCCUUUCCCUGGUAGUAAUAGUAGCAAGGGCCUCCAAAAUAAUAAUCCCUUCUUUCAUGAAGACUCCACAGAAAGUAAUGGAAAUAAGCUGAGAUCUGAAUCAGCUAUUUUCCAUGGCCAGAACCCCUUCUGGACUCCAAGGCAUGGCUCUUCUUUGCUGGGUUAGAUGAAAGCUUUUACCUGUUUCCUCUCUUUCCUGAGAGUAAUCCAUAUCUAAUGAGAAUUUGUUGGUGUAUGAGACAUGAAAGAUUCUUCAAGUAAUUCAAAUUCUUUUCCCUCAGGGUUUUCUCCA